GAGUGGCAUUUCUUCGGCCAAAGUGGAACGUAGAAAAGGUGUUCCUCCGGUGUGAGAGUGGUUUCAAUUUAAGAAAGAAAAAAGACAUACAAAUAUACAAGAAAAACAUACAAAAAGCAAACCAUCGUGAGCGCAAUUGGACUCGAGAGUCGUUACGAGGAAGACACACUGGCGGUGUCCGCAAACAUUUUUCCGUGCGUGUGAAAUGGUUUGAUUACCGCGUAAAGAGCCAUACGAAAAAAAUAUAGAAAAAAGAGUGUUUGUGUUCUGUUUUUUUCUUCUUGUUUUAAAUUUCUUUUCGCAACAUCGCCCGUAUAAUUGCAAAUUGUGUGAAAUAAUUCGAUUAGCGCACUCACUGGGAGGCACAUACAACCCAACACAUUUUUUUUUGGAUUACACCUGAAAACACUCUUCAGUCUGGAUUAUUCUUUGCACGGCGAUUGCAGCAAAAAAUGAUUCAACAGUCGCUGAUACUGUGGUGUGGACUUUUAGGGUGCUUAGUGGCGCAAACGUAUGCUGUUGUCAAUGACAAACCACAGAGACGAGAAGCACCACUCCUAGAUUCCUAUGCACCACCCCCAUCGACCGGGGAGAGCCUAGGCCUACCAAUUCCCGUCUACGGAGUCCCCGAUGCACCUGCCAUAAAGUAUCCAACACCUCCACCUGAUAUUCCUCCGCCACUCCCAUCCCAGCAAUACGGUGUGCCCAUCCUUAAGUACGGACCACCAAAAGUCCAAGUAGAAUACGGGCCUCCAUUGCCAGCUUUCAAGCCUGUCCAUCAUCACAAGCAAAUCUUCCACUCAGCACCGCAGCAAGACUUUUCCUUCUUUGAUCAAAUUAAAUCCUCCCUUGGCUUCUCAGCAGCUAAGCCGGUCUAUGGACCACCACCGAAGCCGCACUUCCCUAAAAACAGCUACGGACCCCCGCCAUCAUUUAGCCAUCAGAGCUUCAGCAGUGGCAGUAGCUCAUACCAUCACUCAAAUCAGUUCCUUACCCCACCAUCAAUUGGUUUUGGUCCCAAACCCUCAUCUUCCUACGGACCUCCACCAUCCCUAGGCCGUCCAUCGGGUCCAUCCUUCGGUGGGCAUCACCAUGGAAGUAGUUCCCUCCCACCUACUCCACCUGAAAUUCGUUGCGACGGAUGGAAACCCAUUCCUGGUCCUGCCAUUCAACCUGAAACCUCCUAUGGACCCCCAGCUAGUGGUAUCCCACAGUCAGCUCCGGCUGAAGGUAAUCAUGCCGUUGAGAAUCACAUUCACAGUGAUAUCGGUGGACUAGAGUUGCCCCAUGCCGAGCCCUCAGUUCAAUUCCACGGGGACCUGAAUGGAUUUGGACUCGGUUCAGGAGCAGCAGACAUCAGUGUGAUCAAGAGCAAUUCCUUUGAGCUUUCCAAUAACCAUAUUGGAGAUAGCUACGGACCACCACCACCCCCAGUUUCAAUUUCAACUUCCUACGGACCACCAUCGCAUCAUGGUGGACCAAUUGCCAUUUCACACGUAAGCCAUGGAGGUUCAUUCGGCUCCCAUGGUGGAUCUCAUGGAGGUCAUCAGAUCUCAACGUCCUACGGACCUCCAGCAUUCUCCUUCCCUAAGCAAUCCUACAAACUUCCUCCGGCUGGUCUGAUGCCACCAAGUGGGGUUUAUGGAGUUCCUCCGGGAGGCACUUACGCCGGCCUAGCCAUACAGCAUGGGACUGUGAGUGGAAAUCUUAAACCAUGGCCAGUACCUGGAUCAGCACCAAAACGCCCAAUACCAUUCCGUGCUCCAGUCCCUCAGGGACUUCUUGAGUCAAUUGGGCACAAUGUGCAGCAUCUUGAUAACUUUGGCGUAAAACCACACCAUGGUGGACAUGGAGGAGGAGUCUACCUACCGCCACCAAGUGAACUUCCAGCUCCCCCGCAUGGUCUCAACACAUUGCCCCUUGAGAACUCCCAGAGGCCUUUCUUGAGUCAACACAACUUCAACGGUUUCCCUGGAGAGGGCAGAGGAGGUCAUGACUGUGGGCAUGGACCACAAGUGUUGCAGGAUAGUUAUGGACCACCACCAUCUGGUACAGUACAACCAACAGCUGAAGAAGGUCAUUCAGGAGGCUAUGAUGUAUCUGGAGGAGGCAUUGCUGAUGUUCCAACUGGACAUCAACCACAUGCAGUCUACGGGGUUCCAGAUUUCGGUCCAGCAUUCCACUCCGGUGGUGGAGAUUCUCUUGCCUACGAUACAGAAGUUAGAUCAGCCGCUGUUCCAGCAGGACAACAAAAUUCCGAUUCAAAAGCCGAACCAUCUGAAGAGGAGAAAACAAAAGCUGAGGUAUCAGGCUUGACGGGAUUGGAUGUGAUCUCUGCACAGAAGUCUCAAAGUAUAACAAUCCCAGUUCAGGGAGCCCUUGGAACGUAUCAGCUGCAAUUCCAGGCAGCUGAUCCACUAGCUGGGGGUGAUGCAAAUGGAAUUGAUGCUCCACAUCAGCAGCUACUGUCGCAGGGUCUACUGCAGUCUAUCCUAUCGGCCAUUGAGCAACCAAAUGGCCAGAAUCAGCAAGUAACACAGGACAUACAUAGUAAUCACGACGAUGUGGCUGUUUUUGUACGAAGUCCAGAAGGACAGGAAGCUCUGGCGGAACCAGCACCGAAUGAAGAAUCCCGAUAGUGUGAAAAUUUCCUAGUAGACUCUAGAGUGUGUGUGUUAAGAGUAAGUUAUUUAAGUGCACCAGAUAAUGUGGAUAUAACUCGCUUGAGGUAGAUGUUGAUGCACAGGAACUUCAGUCUCUAGUGCUGCCAUAUUUAGUCCACAUGAAAAACACCAUGAGAAUGCGGGAGGGAAAACUAAAGGGGGUAAAAUUCGCUAGCCGUCCAAGAUGCAGGUAUUUUGAAGCCUGCUGCUAAGUCUGUUCUCUGAUCUUGACCUGCAACCGAACUUCUUGGUUUUUGCAAUGAAAAUCAAAGGUUUUUGCUUGGGAUUCUAAGAAUUAACUUAAGUAUUUUCAGCAGACUUCUUUAAUAAAAGAAUCAGAGCUAAACAGGAAAAGAAAUGUAGAAUCUUGCAUGAAGUAAACGGUUAAGGCCUCAUGAUUUCAGAGCAGGGUUUAGCUUCUCUGAGUCUGCUCAAAAUACCACCAUCUUGGACGGUCCGCGGGGCAGAGUUGCGCCACUUGCAAAGCUACUCGAGGGAUAUUUUCUGGCUGGGAAUCACUCUGAAAUGACUGCUUUUCAUUUUUUUUUGUAAUAUGGUCUUUUACAUUUAAUAGUGCGAACGCCCGAUGUUGGGCCCACUCUAUGCGUGUAGUAUGUUAUAAAUAUGCUUGUAAACGGGCCUCUGGAAUGGAAUAAAUUUCCGCAGAGGGAACAAUUAAUUUCAAUAAAGUAUAUUUAUUUUUUUGUAAUGUGUAAAAA